AUGUGCAUCGCCAUCCCUCACCUCCCCAUCCCUCCCCUCCCCAUCCCUCACCUCCCCAUCCCUCCCCUCCCCAUCCCUCCCCUCCCCAUCCCUCCCCUCCUCAUCCCUCACCUCCCCAUCCCUGCUGCUGUUGCUACGCGGGGCAGAAGAGGGUUGGCGUGCGACCCGCAACACCGCUGUCACGGGCUUAUCGUCAAGCUGAGUCGGGGGCGCCGCGACAUCUUGAGAGCCACCAUCUCCGCCUCACCCCAUACCGCCUCAUCCCCUUCCGCCUCAUCCCAUACCGCCUCCCCCAUUCCGCCUCACCCCAUACCAUACCGCCUCACCCCAUUCUACCUCACCCCAUCCCCGCCUCCCCAUCCCUUCCCUCCCCAUCCCUCAACUCCCCAUCCCCGCCUCCCCAUCUCUUCCCUCCCCAUCCCUCUCCUCCCCAUCCCGCACCUCCCCAUCCUUCAUCCCCAUUCCGCCUCACCCCAUCCCAACCUCCCCAUCCCUUGCCUCCCCAUCCCUCACCUCCCCAUCCCCGCCUCCCCAUCCCCUCCCUCUCCCUACGUUGCCAAAUACGCUCUGGCCCUCUCCAUCCCUCUUCUCCCCAUCCCUCACCUCCCCAUCCCUCACCUCCCCAUCCCUCACCUCCCCAUCCCUCAUCUCCCCGUCCGUCCACACCCCAUCUCCUCCUCACCCCAUCUCCUCCUCACCCCAUCUCUUCCACACCCCAUCUCCUCCUCACCCCAUCUCCUCCUCACCCCAUCUCCUCCUCACCCUAUCUCCUCCACACCCCAUCUCCAUACCCCAUCUCCUCCUCACCCCUCCUCCUCCACACCCCAUCUCCUCCUCACCCCUCCUCCUCCUCACCCCAUUUCCGUCACACCCCAUCUCCUCCACACCCCAUAUCCUCCACACAUCAUCUCCUCCACACCCCAUCUCCUCCACACCCCAUCUCCUCCGCACAUCAUCUCCUCCUCACCCCUCCUCCUCCACACCCCAUCUCCUCCUCACCCCAUCUCCUCCACACCCCAUCUCCUCCACACCCCAUCUCUGCCUCACCCCAUCUCCUCCUCACCCCAUUUCCGUCACACCCCAUCUCCUCCACACCCCAUCUCCUCCUCACCCCAUCUCCUCCUCACCCCAUCUCCUCCUCACACCAUCUCAUCCUCACACCAUCUCCUCCUCACCCCUCCUCCUCCUCACCCCAUUUCCGUCACACCCCAUCUCCUCCACACCCCAUGUCCUCCACACAUCAUCUCCUCCUCACCCCUCCUCCUCCACACCCCAUCUCCUCCUCACCCCAUCUCCUCCACACCCCAUCUCAUCCUCACACCUCCUCCUCCACACCCCAUCUCCUCCUCACCCCAUCUCCUCCACACCCCAUCUCCUCCACACCCCAUCUCCUCCUCACCCCUCCUCCUCCACACCCCAUCUCCUCCUUACCCCAUCUCCUCCACGCCCCAUCUCCUCCUCACCCCUCCUCCUCCACACCCCAUCUCCUCCACACCCCAUCUCCUCCUCACCCCAUCUCCUCCACACCCCAUCUCCUCCUCACCCCAUCUCCUCCUCACCCCAUCUCUGCCUCACCCCAUCUCCUCCACACCCCAUCUACUCCACACAUCAUAUCCUCCUCACCCCUCCUCCUCCACACCCCAUCUCCUCCUCACCCCAUCUCCUCCACACCCCAUCUCCUCCUCACCCUUUCUCCUCCACACAUCAUAUCCUCCUCACCCCUCCUCCUCCACACCCCAUCUCCUCCUCACCCCAUCUCCUCCACACCCCAUCUCCUCCACACCCCAUCUCCUCCUCACCCCAUCUCUUCCACACCCCAUCUCCUCCUCACCCCAUCUCCUCCACACCCCAUCUCCUCCUCACCCCUCCUCCUGCACACCCCAUCUCCUCAUCACCCCUCCUCCUCCUCACCCCAUUUCCGUCACACCCCAUCUCCUCCACACCCCAUAUCCUCCACACAUCAUCUCCUCCACACCCCAUCUCCUCCAAACCCCAUCUCCUCCACACAUCAUCUCCUCCUCACCCCUCCUCCUCCACACCCCAUCUCCUCCUCACCCCUCCUCCUCCACACCCCAUCUCCUCCACACCCCAUCUCCUCCUCACCCCAUCUCCUCCACACCCCAUCUCCUCCUCACCCCAUCUCCUACUCACCCCGUCUCCUCCACACCCCACCUCCUCCUCACCCCAUCUCCUCACCCCAUCUCCUCCACACCCCAUCUACUCCUCACCCCAUUUCCGUCACACCCCAUCUCCUCCACACAUCAUAUCCUCCACUCCCCAUCUCCUCCACACAUCAUAUCCUCCUCACCCCUCCUCCUCCACACCUUAUCUCCUCCUCACCCCAUCUCCUCCACACCCCAUCUCCUCCUCACCCCUCCUCCUCCACACCCCAUCUCCUCCUCACCCCAUCUCCUCCACACCCAAUCUCCUCCUCACCCCAUCUCCUCCUCACCCUAUCUCCUCCACACCCCAUCUCCUCCACACCCCAUCUCCUCCACACAUCAUCUCCUCCUCACCCCUCCUCCUCCACACCCCAUCUCCUCCUCACCCCAUCUCCUCCACACCCCAUCUCCUCCACACCCCAUCUCUGCCUCACCCCAUCUCCUCCUCACCCCAUUUCCGUCACACCCCAUCUCCUCCACACCCCAUCUCCUCCACACCCCAUCUCCUCCACACAUCAUCUCCUCCUCACCCCUCCUCCUCCACACCCCAUCUCCUCCUCACCCCAUCUCCUCCACACCCCAUCUCCUCCACACCCCAUCUCCUCCCCACCCCUCCUCCUCCACACCCCAUCUCCUCCUCACCCCAUCUCCUCCACACCCAAUCUCCUCCUCACCCCAUCUCCUCCUCACCCUAUCUCCUCCACACCCCAUCUCCUCCACACCCCAUCUCCUCCACACAUCAUCUCCUCCUCACCCCUCCUCCUCCACACCCCAUCUCCUCCUCACCCCAUCUCCUCCACACCCCAUCUCCUCCACACCCCAUCUCUGCCUCACCCCAUCUCCUCCUCACCCCAUUUCCGUCACACCCCAUCUCCUCCACACCCCAUCUCCUCCACACCCCAUCUCCUCCACACAUCAUCUCCUCCUCACCCCUCCUCCUCCACACCCCAUCUCCUCCUCACCCCAUCUCCUCCACACCCCAUCUCCUCCACACCCCAUCUCUGCCUCACCCCAUCUCCUCCUCACCCCAUUUCCGUCACACCCCAUCUCCUCCACACCCCAUCUCCUCCACACCCCAUCUCCUCCACACAUCAUCUCCUCCUCACCCCUCCUCCUCCACGCUCCAUCUCCUCCUCACCCCAUCUCCUCCUCACCCCAUCUCCUUCACACCCCAUCUCCUCCUCACCCCUCCUCCUCCACACCCCAUCUCCUCCACACCCCAUCUCCUCCUCACCCCAUCUCCUCCUCACCCCAUCUCCUCCACACCCCAUCUCCUCCUCACCCCAUCUCCUCCUCACCCCAUCUCUGCCUCACCCCAUCUCCUCCACACCCCAUCUACUCCUCACCCCUCCUCCUCCUCACCCCAUUUCCGUCACACCCCAUCUCCUCCACACAUCAUAUCCUCCACACCCCAUCUCCUCCACACAUCAUAUCCUCCUCACCCCUCCUCCUCCACACCUUAUCUCCUCCUCACCCCAUCUCCUCCACACCCCAUCUCCUCCACACCCCAUCUCCUCCUCACCCCUCCUCCUCCACACCCCAUCUCCUCCUCACCCCAUCUCCUCCUCACCCUAUCUCCUCCACACCCCAUCUCCUCCUCACCCCAUCUCCUCCUCACCCCUCCUCCUCCACACCCCAUCUCCUCCUCACCCCUCCUCCUCCUCACCCCAUUUCCGUCACACCCCAUCUCCUCCACACCCCAUAUCCUCCACACAUCAUCUCCUCCACACCCCAUCUCCUCCACACCCCAUCUCCUCCACACAUCAUCUCCUGCUCACCCCUCCUCCUCCACACCCCAUCUCCUCCACACCCCAUCUCCUCCACACAUCAUCUCCUCCUCACCCCUCCUCCUCCACACCCCAUCUCCUCCUCACCCCAUCUCCUCCACACCCCAUCUCCUCCACACCGCAUCUCCUCCUCACCCCUCCUCCUCCACGCCCCAUCUCCUCCUCACCCCAUCUCCUCCACACCCCAUCUCCUCCUCACCCCUCCUCCUCCACACCCCAUCUCCUCCACACCCCAUCUCCUCCUCACCCCUCCUCCUCCUCACCCCAUUUCCGUCACACCCCAUCUCCUCCACACCCCAUCUCCUCCACACCCUAUCUCCUCCACACAUCAUAUCCUCCUCACCCCUCCUCCUCCACACCUUAUCUCCUCCUCACCCCAUCUCCUCCACACCCCAUCUCCUCCACACCCCAUCUCCUCCACACCCCAUCUCCUCCUCACCCCUCCUCCUCCACACCCCAUCUCCUCCUCACCCGUCCUCCUCCACACCCCAUCUCCUCCUCACCCCAUCUCCUCCUCACCCCUCCUCCUCCACACCCCAUCUCCUCCUCACCCCAUCUCCUCCACACAUCAUCUCCUCCUCACCCCUCCUCCCCUCUGUCCCCCUCCGGGGUCGCUAUUCCCGCCUCUCCCCCGUCAACCCCAUCCCAUCUCCGUGCCUCCAGGGACGGGGUGGACGCGGAGCAUAGGAGUGUUGGGUGCGACUCGCCACGGGCUCGUUGUCGAGGGCGCCGCCACGCCCUGGGAGGCAACAUCUCCGCCCCACCCCACUCCGCUUUCCACCAUACCCGGCCCACCCCAUCUCAAAAUCCCCCCAUUCCGCGCCUCCCAUAUCCGCCCCACCCCAUCUUUCCCCCACCCCAUCUCUGCCUCCCGCUUGUCUCCCCCAUACCCUCGAUCCUAUUUUCCCCCAAACCCUUCCCCUUGUUUCCCGCCUUCCCGCCCCCACACCCCAUUCUGCAGCUGCAUCCAGAAUAGCCCGCUACAGCUGCUGCUGUAG